UUCAAGUCGGAUUUGUAAUGCUUUUCUUUGUGUCUACUUAUAAUUACUGUGGUGUAGAAGCCGAAUUCAAAAUCUGCGACAUUACAGCAUUCCAGCGUUUGAAAGUGGAUAUGGCCACCUUACCCUAUUGUGACAAGAAACUGCCUUACCAGGCACGAGCCAAGGACUUGGUUGAUCGAAUGACUCUAGCAGAGAAGGUGGCGCAGCUUGGUGACAAAGCCAUAGGAGUAGGACGCCUAAACCUACCAGGGUACGAAUGGUGGUCUGAAGCACUCCAUGGUGUUUCUGAUGUCGGCCCAGGCACUCGUUUCGAUCAAAUCGUGCCUGCUGCCACCAACUUUCCCACACCAAUCCUCACCGUCUCCUCUUUCAAUGAGACCUUGUGGAACACCAUAGGCCAGGUCGUGUCGGAUGAGGCAAGAGCUAUGUACAAUCUAGGAAAGGCUGGACUGACGUUUUGGAGUCCAAACAUUAACGUUGUUAGAGAUCCAAGAUGGGGAAGAGUUACAGAAACACCCGGGGAAGAUCCUUAUGUGGUUGGGCGUUAUGCGGUCAGUUAUGUAAGAGGCCUUCAAGAUGUGAAAGGUUUUGAGAAAUCUGAUGAUCCAAACUCUAGGCCUCUCAAGGUUGCAGCAUGUUGCAAACACUAUGCAGCUUACGAUAUUGAUAAGUGGAAAGGGGUUGAUCGCUUCCAUUUUGAUGCAAAAGUGACGGAGAGGGAUAUGGUGGAAACCUUUGUAGCACCAUUUAAGAUGUGUGUGAAGGACGGCGACGUAGCUAGUGUCAUGUGUUCAUUUAAUCGAAUCAAUGGCGUACCAACCUGUGCUGACCCUAAGCUCUUGAACCAGACCAUCAGAGAGCUCUGGAACCUCAAUGGUUACAUUGUGGCUGAUUGCGAUUCCAUUGAGGUUAUGGUUAGUGGGCAUAAAUACCUCAACGAUACACCAGUAGAGGCUGUUGGCCAAGCACUUAAAGCCGGGUUGGAUCUGGAUUGCGGGAAAUACUAUCCAAAUUAUGCGACAGAAGCAGUGAAGCAAGGGAAGGUGACGGAGGAUAACAUCGAUACAUCUCUGAGGAACAUUUUUGUUGUUCUAAUGAGGCUUGGGUGGUUUGAUGGUAGCCCUGGUGGGUACUCAAGACUUGGGAGGAACGACAUAUGUUCACCAGAGCAUCUCGAGCUCUCGGCCGAGGCGGCAAGGCAGAGCAUCGUCUUGCUCAAGAAUGAUAAGAACACUUUGCCAUUGAACGUUGGAAAUGGAAAGCCCAAGUUUGCCGUUGUUGGACCCCAUGCACAGGCCACUAAAGCAAUGUUGAGUAACUAUGCAUUGAACACUGGUGUAGCAUGCCGUUUUUCAAAACCAAACGACUCGAUCGCCGAGUACGGAGAGGUGGUGAAUGCACCUGGAUGCGAUGGCGUGAAAUGCGCAUCUGGUGAUCAGAUCGGUCAAGCAGUCCAGGCCUCGAAGCAAGCUGAUGCAACUUUCAUCUUUGUGGGACUAGACCUCUCAAGGGAGGCCGAGGGCUUGGAUCGGGAUGACCUUAAUUUCCCUGGCUUUCAGAAAUCACUCAUAACUCAAAUCAGUGAUGCCGCCACCAAGCCAGUCAUUGUCGUCAUCUUUGCUGCAGGUUGCAUCGACAUCGCCUUCAUAAAGGAUCACCCCAAGGUUCAGGCCAUCAUUUGGGCUGGUUAUCCCGGGGCUGAGGGUGGCCGUGCCGUUGCUGACAUCAUUUUUGGCAAAUAUAACCCAGCUGGCCGUCUUCCGCUUACAUGGUACCCGCAGAGUUAUAUAGAAGAAAUACCAAUGAUAUCGAUGCCACUGAGACCCAUCCCAGAGUCCAAUUUACCAGGAAGGACAUACAAGUUUUAUAAUGGAUCAACCAUCUAUCCCUUCGGUUACGGAUUGAGCUACACUACCUUCAGCUAUGCCAUUAAGUCGGCAACAGAUCUUGUUAAGUUGGAUAUGGGGAAGCUCCAACAAUGUAAGCAAAUCCAGUUCUUGGACGGUAGGAAGAAUACACAGUGCCCAGGCGUUGUAGUGGGUGAGACAAAUUGCACCCAAGUGGUGAACGUUAAAGUAGAGGUGACUAACACUGGAAAAAUGGAUGGAGCUCACGUUGUGUUUGUAUACUCUGUCCCACCAUCGGGCAUUGUGGGAGCACCCAUCAAGCGACUUGCUGCAUUCAAGCGAGUGUUUGUAGCAGCAGGAACGUCACAAAUAGUGGACUUCAUGUUGAAUGCAUGUAACGAUUUUAGCAUUGUCACCGAGGAUGCGUAUGAAAUAUUGCCAUCUGGGGACCAUAUGAUCAUUGUGGGAAAUGGGGCUGAUGCAGUUACAGCCAAGACUUCUUUCUUUUUUGAGCAUUAAUAAGUUUUACAUUUUUUUUUUUACUUCUUUUUAUAGGUAGGCUCCAAGGAGGGUAGCACUUAUCAUGACCUUUUACUUAAGGAGUCAUAGUUCUUCCUGUCAUUUCCACCCAAAUAAGCUACCCUCUUUGGAAAAAAUUUUGCUUCCUCUCCGGCCCUCUCCCUUCCCUUCCCCUUUUGGUGAAGGUUACAAAUUAAUAAUGCUUCUAAUUUGUAUGCUAAUCUUUACAGAAUAAU